CCGCCGGUCCCUCCUCCGGCGGCCUGGCGCCGCCUCCCUCCCCGCCGCGGUGACUCACGGAGAGGCGGAGGCUGAGGCGGCCGCUCCUGCUGCUGCUGCCGCCGCCGCGGGCUGCUGCUCCGGCUGAGCGCGCCCCGGAACAGGCCGCCGCGCUCCGGACCCGCAGCCCCCGGCGCCGCGCGCUUGGGUGGCCCAGGGUGGCACCUUCCUAUUUCUUCUCAGCCACAGCCCUCCCCUUAGAGUUGAGCAUCUAUUUGCCUGAAGUUAAUUUCCAGAAGCAGGUGUCCCCAGAGCUGGGCCAGGGGGAUGAACCGCGAGGGAGCACCCGGGAAGAGUCCGGAGGAGAUGUACAUUCAACAGAAGGUCCGCGUACUGCUCAUGCUGAGGAAGAUGGGGUCAAAUUUGACCGCCAGCGAGGAAGAAUUCCUGCGCACCUACGCGGGGGUAGUCAGCAGCCAGCUCAGCCAGCUGCCGCAGCACUCCAUCGACCAGGGUGCAGAGGACGUGGUAAUGGCGUUUUCCAGGUCGGAGACGGAAGACCGGAGGCAGUAGCUGAAAACCCCUUGGAACACCCCGGAAGCCACCGAUGGCCAAGAGAUCGGCGUGGCUCCUUCGCCGGUUGAGUGGUAGCAAACCACCUACUUCCCUCUCUCUGCUCCCCUCGCCCACCAGACCCUCCCCACCCCAGCCACUCAGCAGGGCUGGCAUCAAGGGAGAUGCCAGUGGUGGCUUGUGAUUGGCUUGAAGGGAUGGACUUGUGAUUGGCUGCAGGAAGAAACCUUUUUAUUUUUAAAUCUUGACCAACGGAAACCUUUUAUUUUUAUUUUUGACUCUUUAUUUUUUUAAAAAUUUGCGCCUCGGUAUCUGGCUUCCCCCCCGAAGCUCUCCGAGCUCUGGUGCUUUAUUUAGGUCGUUUUCUUAGGAAUGUGAAGAGGCCCAAUUGGCUGCUUAAACUGGAGAAAGAUUGUGAUUGGCUGGCUAGUGGGAACGUGGUCUUUUCUUUGAUUGGCUGCAGGUGUUCUGCUCCUAUCAUCAACCUCCUCUGUUCUGAAUGCAGAAAACAGGGUUUGGGAUAUUGAUUGUUAUAUUUGACUUGAAAAAAAAAAUAGAAGAAGAAAGAAACCAAAUAAGCUUUGCAAUAUUUAUUACACAAAGAGCUUGCUGCUGCCUUCACAUAUUGGGUUGGUGUUUGAAUUUGAUUGGCAUUCAAUGUGUGGGUUUUUUUUCCCAUUGGCUUACCCCUAACUCCCGUUGCCAUGGCCUGACUUCCACUCUGCUGCUUAUUUGAGGCCUGAGGGUACACCUGGAGAUUGCAUGUGCUUUAAUGACCACACCUGCCUCCACCAGCGAAGGGACCCUAGGGACCCUGAGCAGGGUCCACAGCUGAAAAACAGGGUCCCCAAGGAGCUUUGUGUUGUCGUGAGCCAGCAGCCCAGAGCUCAGGGGUGACCAGGAGGCAGGAUUUAUGUACACAAUCCUAAGAGUUGGCAGCCAGCCAGUUUCCUGGGGCGAGAAUGGGUUGUGCAGACUUCUCCAGAGUGCUGGCUAGCAGCUCCAUCCUCUUUGCCGGGCCCUGUGUCCCACUAUCUCAGAUUUUGGCAUCACCAGAUCCUGAAGAUUAUGAGGGGUCUUUACCAGAGCCUUGAACCUAAUCAGAUACCCCAGUUUCACUCCCAGAACCCCAGAGACUGCAAGCUUGGCUCCAAGCACAACCUAGCCAGGCUUCCCAGGUCAAUUGCCAGGGACAGUAGGCCCUGGGAAACAGGUGUCUUUUACCUGAGCCCAAGCCCCCAAUGCAUUGUAUCUUCCUGUGUCAGCCUAUGGCUUAUGUAUGAAGAGCCACUAGGAAUAGCAGCUAGACUUUCCCACAGUGGGCCACAGGCUAGCCCGCAGGUCCAGCCCAAGGGCCACAUGUUAGAUUGGGUCCUGAGCAGAAGGGUCUGGGUCAUCUCCCCAACCCCAGCCACCCCCACCACGCCUUCCCUGGGAGUUAGGGAAAUGGUUAAUGACCGGUGUCCCUUUCUUGUCCUGGGUACCAUGAGGCAGAAAACUCUUGGAGCCUUUUCCCCCUUCUUGGGGCUCAGGGAUUGUGCAGGAGCCCAGUGCCAGCAUGUCUUGAGACCGAGCCCUGGGACACCUCCCUGGUAGUAGAUGAUUUGCACUAACCAGCCUUGUUCCAGGAGGAGAAUUCGAAUGCCCUGUCCUCCAGCACUGGGCCUUUUAGAUGUCAGUAACAGGCCAAGGCCAUUGAGCUCCAGGAAGCAAGGACAAUGGAGAGUCAGCUACGCCAACCCCAGCCUGGCCAGCAAGAGCCUGAGAGGAGAGCAUCAUUCCUGAAGAGCAACAAUGUGUGUGUGCAGGCACGGUAUGAGUUCACACACCUACAGACACAUGCCUGCUCUGCCAGCUUGGCAUGGCCUGAGUGAGGCCCUGGGCAGAAAUGGAGUUUUUCGGUCUCCCUGCACUCGGGUGAUUACAUCUAAAGUCGGGUGUUGCCUGCCUCAUUUGGUUCCUGUGACUCCCGGGAGGCCAAGCCCUGGUGUUGGCAUAUGCUCUCUCCUGGCAGUGGUUCUCAGCUCCCUCUUACAGCCAUGGCCAGACUCAGCCUCCGAGGAGAAGAAAAGUGCAAGUGUCGCCGUUGCUUCUUGUUCUAACUGAAAGUCUAUCUAAUGGAGAAAAACUAACAAUAAAGGUUUUUCAUAGCUUGGUGGGUAAGCGGAGCUGGUUUUUUUCUCAAAGCUGAAGCGCUUACCCGUGGAGGAGAGACAGCAGCCUCAAGCUUGGUCAGUGCUUGCGGCCUGGGCUGGGGAUGUGGCUCAGUUGGUAGUGCUUACUUGGCAUGCCUGAAGCCCAGCGUUUCUUCACUUAAACCAAAUGUGGCAACACAUACCUGUGAUUCCAGUAUUCGUGAGGCUGAGGCAGGAGGAUUGAGGUGAGUCCAGGGUCAGCCUGGGCUGCAGUGAUACCCUGUCCUGAAAAGGAAAAGAAAAGAGAAAAAGAGCUGGCCAUAUUUACACAUAUGUGUGAUCUUGUAAGGUGGAAGAGGAGAAUCGGGUUCUCCAUCAUCUUCAGCCGUAUAGUUAGUCCCAGGUCAGUCUGGAGUACAGGAGACUGUAGUAGUCCAGUCAAAGGGGAGGGGAGUGUGGUGGUGCACACCUCUAAUCCCAGCACUCAGGAGGCAGAGCUGGAUCUCUGAGUUUGAGGACAGCCUGGUCUACAUAAAUAGUUCCAGGACAGCCAAGGCUACAUAUUGAGACACUGUCUCAAAAACAGGGGAGGGGCACUGGGGAUAUAGCUCAGUUUAUACUGGGCUUGCCUAGCACGGUAUCAAGUCCCUAGGUUUGAUUCCCACCCAGCACCAUCUAAGCCAGGUGUGUUGGCCACAAUCCCAGCACUCAGGCCUCAGAGGCAGGAGGACCAGGGAGACAAGCCUGCAGAGGCAGUUUGAGGCCAAGCCGGUUUCCAUGAGAUCUGACUCAAAAAACAACAAACCACUCUGUUUUAGGCCUGCAUCCGUCCUCUUUUUUCACAGGAUUUCCACAUCUGUCUAAGGAGAGGUCCACAGGAAGCAAGAAGCAAGCAGGAGUGUGGGGUAUGGGGUGAGUUUCCGACUGUAGAGAUUCUGUGUAUUGCCCAGGAUCCUGUCCCACUGAGGUCAGUGAUCUUCAGUGACCUCGCCAUUUCAUGCUGAGUCUAGGCGGCCCAUCAGAGUGUACUGACAUUGACCAUUCAUCCUCCAUCAUCCCAGCAGAUGAAGGGGGGGAAAGAGCUUUGUGUGGUUAAACUUACUACGUAGCUGGAGAUGACCUUGAAUUCCUGACCCUUCUGUUUAGUCUUCCCAAACGCUGGGAUUUCAGGUGUGCAUCACCAUACCUGAUGGAAAUACAGCGAUGUUUAGCCACCUGUCCAGUUUUGGAAGCACUUCCUGGAAAUCUUCAUCCUCUGUAAUCUCACGUUAGGUCCUCUUCCCAGCAUUUUAUUUACACAGACUCAUUGCUUCCAUUUCCUUUUCAAACACUUUGCUUGAGGGGCUGGAGAGAUGGCGUAGUGGUUGAUAGGGCUUGCUCUUCCAGGGGACCCGAACGGUUUCCGGCGACCUCUCCUUAUGAAACAGUGCACAAUGCUGUAACUCCAGGGACCCAGUCUGCAUGUCUGCACUCAUACACACA